AAACUGCAAUAUCAUUAAAGCAAUUCAAUCAACAUAAGAGUUUAUAUUUUAAUUCUGUGGAAAGUAUUGCUGAAAUUGAACUAAAAUGACCGUCACUGCUGUUCCCUCAUCGACGGAAAGUAUGCGCGAAAAGGCGCUAUCCGAUUACAGAAAGAAAUUGCUGGAGCACAAAGAAGUUGAGAGCCGACUCAAAGAAAAACGUGAAGAGAUCAAGGAGCUGACCAAGCUAUAUGACAAAUCUGAGAAUGAUCUUAAAGCUUUGCAAAGUGUGGGACAAAUUGUAGGCGAAGUGCUUAAACAAUUGACAGAAGAUAAAUUCAUUGUCAAGGCAACUAAUGGUCCGCGCUAUGUAGUGGGCUGCCGUCGACAGCUGGAUAAAGCAAAGCUAAAAUCCGGCACGCGUGUAGCACUGGAUAUGACCACACUGACCAUUAUGCGCUAUUUGCCACGCGAGGUGGAUCCUUUGGUGUACAACAUGUCGCACGAAGAUCCCGGCGAUGUCACCUAUUCGGCAAUUGGCGGUCUCACCGAGCAAAUACGGGAACUACGUGAGGUUAUCGAGUUACCGCUGCUUAAUCCCGAGUUGUUCCUGCGCGUUGGCAUCACACCGCCCAAAGGUUGCCUGCUUUAUGGACCACCUGGCACGGGUAAGACGCUGCUGGCGCGUGCCGUUGCUUCCCAGUUGGACGCCAACUUCCUAAAGGUCGUCUCCUCGGCUAUUGUGGACAAGUAUAUUGGUGAGAGUGCACGAUUGAUUAGAGAGAUGUUCAACUAUGCCCGCGAUCAUCAGCCCUGCAUUAUAUUUAUGGAUGAAAUCGACGCAAUUGGCGGUCGUCGUUUCUCCGAAGGCACCUCAGCCGAUCGUGAAAUACAGCGCACACUAAUGGAGCUGCUCAAUCAAAUGGACGGCUUCGAUUCGCUCGGUCAGGUUAAAAUGAUUAUGGCCACCAAUCGUCCAGAUACGUUAGAUCCGGCUCUACUGCGUCCCGGUCGUUUAGAUCGUAAAAUUGAAAUACCAUUGCCCAAUGAGCAAGCGCGCUUGGAGAUUUUGAAGAUUCAUGCGCUCAAGAUAGCCAAGCAUGGUGAUAUUGACUAUGAGGCGAUUGUCAAACUCUCAGACAAUUUCAACGGAGCUGAUUUGCGAAAUGUCUGCACAGAGGCGGGCCUCUUUGCCAUCAGAGCUGAACGUGAGUAUGUCAUACAGGAGGACUUCAUGAAAGCCGUGCGCAAGGUUUCAGAUAACAAGAAACUAGAGAGCAAGCUGGAUUAUAAGCCUGUUUAAGUUCUCAUAUAAAAUAUACAUAAUAAUAUACACAAAAUAAAUAUUUCUUUGUCAACAGUU